AUGGACUUAGAGGAGGCACGCAAGGAACUUCCAGGCAGCGCCAGUCCAGCAAGCGACCGGGCUGCUGAAGAAGGCAACUGCGAAAGCCAAGCUCCUCGUCAGAAGCCCCGGCUCAUAGGCCAGUAUGCUGGCCACCUGCCUGACAGCUCCCACAAUUUAGUCGAGCAGCUAAUGGCACAGUAUGCCCAGCUCCAGGAGCAGGAGGAGGAGGACACGGAGGCUGCUGCCGAAGAGGCCAAAGCCGCAGCGGCUGCGGCGUUCCGAAAGGCGGAGGCUUUGGACGUGGCCAGCGACGAUGCGAUGCUGAACUACGAGAAGGUUGUCAGGAGCAGGCUCAACAGGGAAGCUGCAUCUUUGGUCUGUGUGGAAGAUCUAGACUCCUUUGUGGAUCCUGCUCCAUAUUGCUUUGAGCUCGUUGAGGGCAUCUACAAGCAUCUCAUCUUAAGUGCAGCAGGUGUUGCCAUAGAGAUGCCAAACCCCUUGGUUUACAUCGAUGAAGCCUUGCUCCCCGGCUCUCGCCAGACGGCGAGCUCAGUGAAGGCGUGGCAGCUGAAGGGCGUGGACUUGAAGUGCCAGACGAUCUCUGGUGCGCACCUACAAGGUGCCUACUUCACAGCUUCACGUGGCUCUCGACUGAGGACGGUGGCUGCAGUGAAGCGGCAGGGUUUGGAGUGGACGUUUGCACAGUCGCUGCCACAGCUCCUCGCCCCUCCCACGGAGACGGCGGAUGACCCACAGGGCGCCGAAGAGGAAGAGGGGGAGGAGCCCCAGGUCGACCGACUGCAAUCGGUGCUGCCCAAGGUCCAUCGGCGCCGCGAUCGCAAGCUCGCCACCAUGCCAGCACGCUUGGGGCCGAAGGACGAGCUGUCCAGCGCACGGUUCAGUGACGGCGAGGGCAAGGAGAAAGCCACGGAGACUCUUGCAGAGCUGCGGGAGUCGGUCCUGAAGCUGCCACUACCGAGACCAAUAACGCUCAAUGCUUUGGGGGAGCCAGAUUUGCCAGUUGUUAUGCGGAAGAAGAAGAAGACUGCCACGAUGCCGGAUGUAAAGGUUCCGCCGUUGGUGUCACGGCCUGGCAGCAAAGUGAGCGUCAUCGGCUGA